GCAACUUGAAAAACGACAGUGCGAGUGCGACAGAUUAAUAUUGGAAUUUUUUGACAUUGACAUAAAAUUGUUGUCUCUUUCUUUCUUUGUAAAUUUUGUCCAGAGGAAAUAUCGGAAAUAUGGCCACCUCAAAGAAGAGGACCAGGAAGCUAAGGGGACACGUAAGCCAUGGACAUGGGCGUAUCGGUAAACACCGUAAGCACCCUGGAGGUCGCGGUAACGCUGGUGGUGAGCACCAUCACAGAAUUAACAUGGACAAAUACCACCCUGGAUACUUUGGCAAGUUGGGUAUGAGAAACUACCAUUUAAGAAGAAAUAAGGACUUUUGCCCAGUUCUGAACCUGGAUAAACUCUGGACAUUGGUCUCAGAACAGACCAGGCUAAAAUACGCUAGCGCCACAGAUGGAAAAGUGCCAGUUAUUAACAUUGUCAAAGCUGGCUACUACAAAUUGCUGGGCAAGGGCAAAUUACCUGAACAGCCUGUGAUUGUUAAAGCAAAGUUCUUCUCAAAGACUGCUGAAAAGAAGAUCAAGGAAGUUGGUGGUGUCUGUGUGUUGUCAGCGUAAAUUAGGCUUAAUAAAAUUUUAUAAAAAGUGA